AUGUCUUCGCCCGUCUUCUGGUCGACCCCUCUCAAGUACUGUCGCUGGGCUGCUCGUGAGCGACCUGCGCUUUUCUGGUCCGUUAUCAUUGGUGCCGCCGGUCCCAUCGCCAUGCCUAUCGUGCCUCCGAUUCGAAAAUACUUUGGCGAUGUUGAUCCUGCGCCUAUUCCCGUGACGUACCCUGGUAUGAGUUGCCCCAUGGCUGCUAUCGCAAGAAUAUGUGACGGGGGCAUCCGGACAAAGGCUAACUUGCCUCACUCAGUUCCCACGGGUCCACGGAAACAAUUGACAGGCUACGAUGAUUAG